AAUAUUACUUGUAUAUUAUCAUGUUUCUUCCUGUUGUUAUUUUGUUUAAUCUUCAUAAAGACAUUGAAUGCCUGGAUAUCGAAACAUAAUGUUGCGUUUUUGAGAAGGGAGCUUGUCUCUUUUGAAACAGAAAGAAAAGAGGUGAAACAUUUAUGGUCAAAUAAAAGCAUAUAUGGCACAUAUGACAUUCUUAGCGGAUAUGAUACUGACCCAGUUGACAUGGUAUAUAUAUGGGUAAACACCUCGGAUCCUAAAUUCAUUCGUGAAUUGAACCGUCUUAGCAGACAGGAACAUGCAAAUCCACUUGAAAUACUAGUAAAGAAUCGAUACCGAGACUGGGGAACUCUUAAAUACUCUCUAAGAUCUGUUGAAAAGUUUGCACCUUGGAUAAGGACCGUACAUUUAGUCACGAGUGGACAAAUUCCAUACUGGCUUAAUAUGGACAAUCGGCGAAUCAACAUUAUUAAUCAUAAGGAGAUAUUUCCGAAUCGGUCAGAUUUGCCUACUUUUUCGUCUGCUGCAAUAGAAUGCCAUCUACAUCGAAUACUCGGAUUAUCAAAAAGAUUUAUAUACAUGAGAGAUGACGUCAUAUUUACGGACACUGUUGAAUUGUCAUAUUUUUAUACUGAAUAUGCAGGUUAUAAGCUUCAAUUAAACAAAGAUGCGAUGGAUUAUUGUAACAAACUCUGUCGGAUGACAAGUGUAAAUAAUGGAAUAUGUGAGCAGAAUUGCGCAACUGCUAGUUGUGAAUUUGACGGUGAAGAUUGUAUAAUCGUUGAACCACUUCCUGAUUAUAUUGAACCAGAUAAAAUCCCAAUUAAUAGUUGGCAGGCUUCUUUAAGACAUACAGGUUUUAUUUUCAACAAGGUGCUUGGACCAAAAGACAUGAUUAUGCCGAUACCUGGUCCUUAUAUGCUGGACAGAGACAUCGUCUCCGGGAUGACGAAUAGAUUAGUUAUACUUGAAAGACGUUUUACACGUGAAUUGAAAACUACAUCUUCUGCAAAAAUUGAAAACAACAUGACAUUUCAACCAGUGUUUGCCUAUUACAAUUACUUGAGAGAUGAAGAACAAUCAAGAAAUCUUAAUAUAAAAAUGACUACAGAGUGGUCUGUUCUAGAAAUUAGCCAUACUGAUUUGUCCAUUCGUCAGAAGGACCCUGUCGUUAAUUUACUUAGAAACAUUAUCAAAAGAAAUGGGACAUUUUUGGUGUUGUCGAAUGAUUUUCCUAAGAAUGUAGACAGAGAGUCGAGAGAACGUAUUUUCACACAGGUACUUGAAGACAUAUUGCCAAGACCGUCACAGUUUGAAGUGAUGAAACAUAAAGCAAUUCAGGAUCAUUCUAUACCAUAUCAAUAUUUUGUGUAA